UCUACUGUUAUCCUGAGCCUCAGUCGCAAUGCCACCCCGCAAAUCGAAAAAAAGCAGACGCGACUUGCCUUUGCUCCUACAGCCGCUUCGCCUUCGGCGGAUGUGAGUCCGGAGCAAAGCAACCGAUAUGCAACACUCAAAUACGACAACCCAAGCUUGGGCACAUACCGUCCUCCAAAGGCUCCCAAAAUCAAGUCGGAGACUACGCCCGAGAAGGAACGGCCGAAGCUCCCCACCAAGACGAGAUCCAAUGAUAAACCCGCAAAAGACCAAUCGGACAAUGAAUCCUUGGACGAACCUAUCAUCCCUGCCUCCCAGAAGAGAAAGCAAGCCGCGCCACAUGAAAACCUCGAUGUGGUGGUCCUCAGCCCACCAAAGCUUGAGGACACCCAAGAUGCAAAGAAUAUUUUGUCGAAGAAGUCACAGCGAUCAUUACAAUUCCCAAAGAAACAUACUGAGACAAAUGUUUCUGACUCGGAGGAGCUCUCCCGGCCGCGCCGAACACUCAAGCGAAAGGCCGUGAGCUCACCGAUUGACCCCAGCGACUCAGAUGAACCUGUGGCCUCUUCGGUCGUCAAACGGCGCAGGUCUACCCGAGGUGGCCAUUCUUCAAGUUCACCUGUUCUACUCAGCGACGAUGAUUCAAACGAGUCGGUGGCUCCUUCGACCGUCAAGAGGCGCAGGGUAGCAAGGCCAGCCGAAAUAUCCAAAAGUGACGAUGAGGAUUCAGAUGAGCCAUUGCCCUCCUCGCCAGUGAAGAGACUCCGACGUGGACAGGAGAAAGAAACUUCCCAACCUCCUCAAACCCCCCGCCACAUCUCGAAGCAGGCCAAACUCGAUAUCGCAGAGGAUUUGGAGGACCUUCAGGAUUCAGUUGUUAAGAAAAGUCGAACUCGUGGCCGGAAUUUCGAAUCUGCCCGAGACAAGAGAAUGAAGCACCUUGAAGCCCUUCGACGCAGGCGGGCUGGUGUGGAACCCGAGGAUGACGAAGAGGAAGAAGAAUAUGACGAAGAUGAAGACGAUUCAGAUGUGCAGGAGAUUGCACGCCCUGGCAGCGAUGCCAGUCCCUCUGGUCGUGGUCUCUGGCGGCAUCACGACGACGACAGCGACGUAGAAUCAGCCAUCGACGCCAACGAGAACCUUGAUCGGUACGAAGAUGACUUUGUCCUAGAAGACGAGCACGACCUCGGCGUUCCCACCGAGGAGAUCCCCUUCGAGUUCACCCGACAUGCAUACAAGCAACCAAAAGAAUACUUCCGCGAUGUCAUUGGCUGGAUGGUGCAAAACAAACUCAAUCCAGCCUUCCCUCGCUCUGACGCCAUGUACAAGAUGGCGUUCAUGAAGUUGGAAGAUGAAGUCAAAGGUCGGGCUGGUUCCCAGCUGAUCUCUUCCGUUUGGAACCCCAGUUUUGUCUAUGCCCUCCAGGCCCGGCCACACAUCGAGAUCGCUGCCUUCCCCACGGAGGAGAACCAUCCCUGUGAUGCUUGCAGGCGCUCUGGGCAUCCCGCUUCUAGUGACAUAAAGCUCUACGGGAAGGCGUAUUCCCUGCAGACGCUAGAGCCCCUGGAAGAUGACGAUAAUGAUAGCGAUGAUGGUGAUGAUUCUAGUGAUGAAGACGAUGGAAAGGAACGGGACCGGGAUGGCCAUGUCAUUCCUCCAGAGAAUGUCCGGUAUUUCCUGGGAAAACAAUGCAAGGCGAGAGCCCAGCUCGCGCACACUCUUACGCACUGGCGCUACCAUCUCAAUGAAUGGGUUAUCGACUUCCUCGAACGUACGGGCCACAUGGAAGCCGAUGAAAUCCUACGACGAAAUGACUUGAGCGUCAAGCGGAAGACGAGGAAUGCAAAUGAUGUCCUCGAUAGCAUGACUGGAAGUGGUGAAGUCGAUAAACUUUGGCGUGACUUCCACAUUAAUCUCAAGUCUGCCCGCGAGAAAGAGGUAUGUUCUUGUUGCGUGUUCAAGAUACUUUCAUGA